AUGGAUGACUACGAGUUGGAUCGCAUUGCAUCGGACAACCCCGCUCUGACUACGCCUGCGGCUCAGCGCGCUCCUAUCUCGCGCCAAAGAGUUCGUGGCGGAACAAGGACAUCUACGACUAGCAAACCAGUCACGCCUGAAGAGCUGACAAAGUACGAUGUCGGCUGGCGCAGGGUCGUCAGGAACUUCUCACCAUCAUGGUUCUCCGUGACCAUGGGUACCGGGAUCGUAUCUUUACUUUUUGUCGCCAUCCCCUUCAAAGCAGAUUGGCUAUUCUGGCUCUCGGUCUUCUUCUUUGGACUCAACACCAUCCUCUUCUCCUGCGCCUUCUCAAUCUCCGUCUUCCGAUAUGUGGUCUACCCUGAGAUAUGGACUGUCAUGAUUGCCGACAGUGUUAAUUCACUCUUCCUUGGAACUAUACCGAUGGGCUUUGCCACUCUCGUUUCAGCCUGGUGUUCGUUGUGUAUCCCGUACUGGGGACCCUGGGCCGUUACGUUUGCCUGGGUGUGCUGGAUGAUUGACUCUGUGGUCGCAGUGUCAGUCACUAUUUCACUUACAGUAUUACUGAUAUCUGCGUCGAAUCGGCAGGCGUUGGACCGGAUUACUGCAGCACAGCUACUACCGAUUGCUGCAUCUAUUGUCGCUGCUGGCACGGGUGCUAGAGUGGCUGAACAUCUACCCAAUCCAGAGCAUGCGCUCGGGACGAUAUUGGCGUCAUACAUCAUGUGGGGCACGGCUACUCCCCUUGCCAUGACAGUCUUAGUGAUGUACUACACGCGACUAGCUCUACACAAACUUCCACCACGGGAGAUUGUUGUUUCAUCUUUCCUGCCGCUGGGUCCUUUGGGAAUGGGUGGCUAUUCCAUCACACAUCUUGGUUUGGUUGGCCGUCAAGUGUUUCCCAAGACGCAGUUCCUCGCCAGCAUUCCCGUAGCAGGCGACAUCUUCUUCGUACUCGGCGUCUUCAUAGCCUUAAUUAUGUGGGCUUUUGGGCUUACUUGGCUGUGUUUUGCGCUGGCGUCCAUAUACAAGUCUCGUCCGUUUCCUUUCAACAUGGGAUGGUGGGGCUUCACAUUCCCACUCGGAGUCAUGGCGCUCAGUACGAUAGAGCUGGGGAACAUCUUUCCGAGUCUCUUCUUUAGGGUAUUGGGAACAAUGUUCGCAACUUCCGUCGUUUUUCUCUGGUGUGUAGUGGCAGUUGGCACGGCACGGGGUGCAUGGAAAGGUCAUCUAUUCUAUGCACCGUGUCUCAAAAACCUACCUAAGAAAGAAAUCAUAGGAGAGACCGAAGCACAGAAAGAGAAGGGGCAACUGUAAACAGGAGCUCCUCUUUCUGUGAACACAAGAGCAAACUUCACGUUGCUGGAAAGACAUCAAAAUAGGGAGUUUGGGAUGCCUUCUCAGAUAUCAUCAUGUUCAUUGCAUUUCGUUAGGAUAUGGUGAUAUAUAAUGCUCCUCAAACAA